CUUCUAAACCCUAAUCCUAAUCCUGCAGAUUUUACUUUAAUUUGUUUUGGUGAAAGUUCUGGAUUGAUGAAACUGCUGUAUCUUUUAAAAUCAGUGUUCUGCUUCCGAUGGAUUGUGAUGUUUGUGUUGUUUCCAAGUGUGUUUUGAAAAUUUAGCGACGUGUACAAUCUGUCCUUUUUUUUUCUUCUUUUGGCCUAUUAUUCAGUUCGGUAGAAAAGUGUUGCGAAAGAAGAAAGAAAAAAAAGGUUGUUUGCUAUUUUGGGAAAAAAAUUGAGGGCAUGGCAAAUCUAAUGCCUGCUUGGCUUUUUUUUUCCUCUUGAUUUGCUAGCUUGGUAGCCGUUGUUUGUUUGUAUUUUUUUCUCUGCCUAAAUGGAAUAACCAUGCCUGAGAUAUCAUGAUAUUUUAUAAUUUAAUAAUUUAUGCUCAGCAAGUAAAACAAGGUUGAGUUUGUUGUUUUCUGCUUCCUGAUUCUUUCGAAGUUUACUGAAAUUUGGUUCGUGUGUUUGGCCUUUAGUGAUUUACUCUCUGCUUACUUCAUAAUAAGCCUGGAUGUAAGGAAAAAUUAGAGAAAGGGAUGGUGUUUUGAAUUUCGAUUCUGAGCUGAUUUUUUAUUGUUGUUUUUUUUUGUUAACUUACUUUCUUUCCUUCCUUUCCCUUUUUGGUUCUGCAGCUAGAAUAGUUGAAGAUUAUUUGGUACCUAAGUUAACGAAGACCGUGACUGUGAAUGAUGGAUGUUGCUGAGGUUGAGGAAAAUCUGUUUGCUGCAAGUGAUGCCAAGUUACAUGGACAGAUGUGCAAGACUCUUUCUAUAAUAUAUUGCAAAGUAUUGUCUGUAUUUCCUUCUUUAGAAGCUGCUAGGCCUAGGAGUAAAACUGGUAUUCAGGCAUUAUGUUCAUUGCAUGUAGCCUUGGAGAAAGUAAAGAAUGUUCUUCAGCACUGCUCGGAGUGUAGUAAACUUUACUUGGCUAUAACUGGAGAUUCUGUCCUCCUAAAAUUUGAGAAGGCUAAAUGUGCUCUUGAAGAUAGUCUUAGACGGGUGGAAGAUAUUGUUCCACAAUCUAUUGGGUGUCAGGUUCAGGAGAUUGUGAAUGAAUUUGCAACAAUAGAAUUUGCACUUGACCCAUCAGAGAAGCAAGUUGGUGAUGAUUUAAUUGCAUUGCUCCAACAGGGAAGAAAGUUUAAUGACUCUAAUGACAGCAAUGAGCUUGAAUCUUUUCACCAGGCUGCUACUAGACUUGGAAUUACAUCUUCAAGAGCAGCUCUUGCUGAAAGAAGAGCUCUCAAGAAACUCAUAGAAAGGGCUCAAUCUGAGGAAGACAAGCGGAAGGAAUUAAUUAUUGCAUAUCUUUUACAUCUUAUGAGGAAAUACUCCAAGUUAUUUAGAAACGAGUUCUCAGAUGACAAUGAUUCUCAGGGUUCUGCACCUUGUUCUCCCGUUCAAGGAUCUAUCGAGGAUAGUGUUCCUGGUAGUCAUUGUCAAGCCUUUGACAGACAACUUUCAAAAUUCAGUUGCUUUAAUUUCAAACCAAAUAUUAGUAGGACAUCUGGGCAGAUGCCUCUUCCACCUGAAGAGUUAAGGUGUCCAAUAUCUCUGCAACUCAUGUAUGAUCCUGUUAUCAUUGCUUCUGGGCAGACUUAUGAAAGGGUUUGUAUAGAGAAAUGGUUCAGUGAUGGGCACAACAACUGCCCAAAGACCCAGCAGAAACUUUCACAUCUUUGUUUGACUCCUAAUUAUUGUGUUAAGGGCCUUGUUUCUAGUUGGUGUGAACAAAAUGGAGUUCCUAUUCCUGAAGGCCCUCCUGAAUCUCUUGAUCUUAACUACUGGGGAUUGGUAUUAUCAGAGUCUGAAUCUACAAAUUCAAAAUCUGUAAAUAGUGUCAGCUCUUGCAAGUUGAAGGGUGUCCAUGUGGUUCCUUUGGAAGAGAGUGGUAUCUCAGAGGAAUCUGUGGAAAAUGGAACUGAAAGUGUUUCUGCACAAGAGGAAGACACUGAGCAGUAUUUUAGCUUUCUGAAAGUCUUGACUGAGGUGAACAAUUGGAGGAAGCAAUGUGAAGUAGUAGAACAGUUAAGGCUGCUGCUGAGGGAUGACGAGGAAGCCAGGAUUUUUAUGGGGGCAAAUGGGUUUGUUGAAGCACUUUUGCAGUUUUUGCAAUCAGCUGUGCGUGAAGGUAGUUUGAUGGCUCUGGAAAGUGGAGCAAUGGCUCUCUUCAACCUGGCUGUGAAUAAUAACAGAAAUAAGGAAAUUAUGUUAUCGGCUGGAGUAUUAUCAUUGUUGGAGGAAAUGAUUCCUAAAACUAGUUCUUAUGGUUGUACAACUGCUCUUUAUUUGAGUCUCUCUUGCCUUGAAGAAGCCAAGCCUAUGAUUGGCAUGAGUCAGGCUGUCCAGUUCCUAAUCCAGCUUCUUCAAUCGGACUCUGAUGUUCAAUGCAAGCAAGAUUCUCUCCAUGCUCUCUAUAAUCUUUCUACUGUGCCCUCAAAUAUUCCAUACCUCCUUUCAUCUGGCGUCAUUAGUGGCUUACAAUCCCUUCUUGUAGGCGAGGGGGAUUGCAUUUGGACAGAAAAAUGCGUAGCUGUUUUGAUAAAUUUAGCUACUUCUCAAGUUGGAAGGGAGGAAAUUGUAUCUACUCCUGGACUCAUUGGUGCAUUGGCUUCGAUAUUGGACACCGGUGAGCUCAUAGAACAGGAGCAAGCUGUCUCUUGUCUCCUAAUUUUGUGCAAUAGAAGUGAGGAAUGCAGUGAGAUGGUCCUGCAGGAAGGGGUUAUACCAGCAUUGGUUUCAAUAUCAGUGAAUGGAACUCCAAGAGGUCAAGAAAAAGCUCAGAAACUCUUGAUGUUGUUCCGAGAGCAGCGACGAGACCCUUCACCAGUUAAGACACAUCAGUGCUCACCUGAAGCUAGUGAUUUGUCUAUGCCGCCUGCUGAAAUGAAACCGCUAUGCAAGUCCAUUUCAAGAAGAAAGUCUGGGAGAGCUUUUAGCUUUUUCUGGAAAAACAAGAGCUAUUCUGUAUACCAGUGUUAAGUUCCAUUGGUUGUUGUAAAUCUGUGUUAGCAUGUUUACUUUUGUGGCCCUGUUUUUAUCCUCCUAUCCUUCCUCUUCCCGUGGGGUGCUGCUUAUUUUUGGUUCAAAGCGAAGAAGAGAUGUACAGGCCUUUGUAAUUUAUGGAUUUUGUUUUCUUCUUUCGCUUUCCUCUUUGUAAUGUCAAUUUUCCAUGUGUUGUUGUUUUUUUUUUUUUCUUUUUUAUGUUCGAGGGUGUUUAUAUUUCACUGGGGCUUCAAUUCUUAGACUUACAAUUUUGAAGUUAA